AGGGAAGGACAGGUAUUUAUCUGAUGAUAAAAUUUUUCAAAUAGGUUUAAUAGAGUUAGGCAGCCCAUUUCCAGUGCAAUUCACUUGAAGUUGGCUGACCAACCACUGCAAAUCCCAGUCCUAGUUGCUUGGUUUGCUUCUUUGUUGUGGCUUCCUCUAAAAUACAAAAUCCUGACCCUUUCUGCCAGUGGAAGUCCAAUCUAUAAGAAGACAUAGUUCUGCUUUGAUACACCGGGAAGUGAAAUGUGUGACUAUUUAAACCAAUAUCUAUCUGUGUUUAUGUUGUAUCUCGGCCCCAUUAGUAUAGUAUUUGAAUGCAUGAUGACAUCUCUCAAGUUAUUACAUGUGUUUCCAGAGAGAUUAACAUUUUGUUUAACCUGCAGUCUACUCAUAGAUGAAAUCUGUCCCAGGGAUCAAGAGAUAGCAUUUCCACUCCCUUAGCCAUCAUUCUCCACUCAGUUAUUGUUCCAGUAACCAGCAGAGAGAGAUGAUGAAAAGAAUACUGCCAUUUUAUUGCGUGAAUGUUGUUCAUUUAUAUCACAGAGUUAAUUUUCUUUCCUAUAGGCAAACGCCAUGGCGAAUCGAGAACAGGGAAAUGAAACGUCCAUCACAGAAUUCAUCCUCUUGGGAUUCGGCAAUCUCCCUGAACUGAAAAUCCUUCUUUUCUUGCUGUUUCUAGUGGUCUACAUUGCAACCAUGGCCGGGAACAUCCUCAUUGUGGUGCUAAUUGCAGUCAAUCAGUACCUUCACACACCCAUGUACUUCUUCCUGGGGAACUUGUCGUGCUUGGAGACCUGCUACACCUCCACCAUCCUACCUAGGAUACUGGCCAGUCUCCUGACUGAGGUUAGGACUAUUUCAUUCAGUGGAUGUCUCACACAAUAUUAUUUCUUUGCUUCUAUGGUUGCCACCGAAUGCCUUCUCUUAUCGGUGAUGUCUUAUGAUCGGUAUUUAGCCAUAGGCAAACCACUGCACUAUGCAGCCCGAAUGAGUGGCAGGUCUUGCUUCCAGCUUGCAGCUGGCUCUUGGAUAGGUGGCUUCCUAUGUAGUGGCAUAAUAACUUUGUCAAUAUCCCAGUUAACUUUCUGUGGCUCCAAAGAUAUUGACCAUUUCUUUUGUGAUCUUAUCCCCCUGAUAAAUAUUUCCUGCAAUGAUCCUCAGCUGAUGGAAAUCUUGGUUUUCACACUAUGCUUGAUAUUCUCAGUGGUCCCGUUCCUACUUACCUUGAUGUCCUACAUCUGCGUCAUUGUGACCAUCCUAAGAAUCCCUUCCACCACGGGAAGGAAAAAGACCUUUUCUACUUGCUCCUCCCACCUCAUUGUGGUGACCAUGUAUUAUGGAACUCUACUGAUUGCCUAUAUGUUCCCAACAACCAAUACACUGAGAGACAUCAAGAAAGUUCUGUCUGUUGUCUACACUGUCCUGACUCCCCUGGUCAAUCCCCUCAUCUACAGCCUGUGAAACAAAGAGGUUAAGGAGGCCCUGAGGAAAGCUUGCAGGAAAUCCAUGUUUGGAUAAUGCUAACUGAUCACAAUCCUUAGG